AUUUGGCAUUUCAGGGUUUGGUCCGUCACGCUACCUAGCAUUCCCCAAUUGCUGCACUUUUGCUUCCUUGUUCAACUGGUGAUCACCGCUCCAGCACCCUCAGCUAGACCAUGCAAGCAGCCUUCCAACGCAUACAGACGUUCUCUAAAAGUCUGCUUCCUUCUUCGCUCACGCGUGCAAGCAUGACGGAAGCUUCCAAGAAUCCGCCCUGGCGGGACGCCAUUGAGCAGUCCAUUGAGAAGAACAAGGAGCUCAAGUACUCAAAAUAUGUGCAACUGGUCCCCUUAUCUCGGUCUGUUUUCAUCUGGUGGCUCCACCAUCAAGGCUCUUCAAAAAGGUGGAACAAAGAGAAGGCGACAGUGAGGCCUGACGGACGGCCGGCAAAUCGGACUGUGGUUUCCAGGGGCUUUGUGGACGGUACAGAUCAGCUGCAGUUCACUGCUGAUUCUCGCAGCGAAAAGAUGGGUGACGUGGCGCACCAGCCGUGGGGCGAGAUUUGCUGGUACUUCGAGGACACGUGGGAGCAGUUCCGCCUGCUGGGGCUCGUGGGGGUCAUUGGGUGUGACGAGGAGGAUUUCCGCAAGCAAGAGGCUCGAUUGAAGGCCUGGCAAGCGGCCUCCCCCAAAUCGCUGCGGCAGUUCGUCGACCCGCCCCCAGGCCGGCCACGGGCGCCAAAAGAGGAGUUCGAGGGGGAUCCCCCGAAUCAAGAAGAAGGGCCGGUGGAGACCUUCUGCCUGGUGACCCUGGAGCCGAAGGAGGUAGACUACUACUCUCUGAAGGAGAAGCGACGGAAGCUGUACAAGCUCGGCGAAGAGGGCGAGUGGUCUGAAGAAGAGGUUAACCCCUGAAAGGUCAGGAGACUCCAGCGACUGUACAUACAGAUCAUAACGGAUUCAUCAGGGGUCCACUGUCCUUUGAUAUCAUUGUAAUUUUGUGAGUUAGGAAAGAGGUGUAUCUGCCGCGGAGCACUGAGAUCCAGGACGUAAAAGCAUCUGGCGCACUUCUGUGUUCCUAGCAAGGGAGUCGAGAUAGAUGCGUUUUCCUCAAAUCAGCUGGAUCGCUCUAGGUGAUCCUUUGUACAUUACGCGUGCGAAUCAAGGUGGUCGACAUUCAUUACAGCGUAGCACGAACGUUCCGGCAUCUCUUUCUCUUGUUUCUCGUCCGAAGUCUACGAUCUGUUGACAACCGUGCCUGUUGAGACAUGGUGAUCUGCCAAUUUACACGUUCGACC